UCCCAGGUCCCCGGUCGCUAGGAAGCCGAGCGGAAGUGACGUGUAGUAAAUAGUCGGCGCAGCGCAGGAGAUCCACGUGGGGGUGUGCAUGAGUGGUAUAAGCCGGUAGAGCGGCGCGGUGAGCUAUCGGGUGACUGGUGCUGCAAGUCUGAGACGUGUGAGGGUUACUAAACAAAGCCUUACUUUUGUGCAGUUCACCAUGGUGUUUUUUACUUGCAAUGCUUGUGGGGAAUCCCUAAAGAAAGGGCAAGUUGAAAAACACAGAGGAAUCUGCCGAAAUUGUGGAUGUCUCUCUUGUAUAGAUUGUGGAAAAGAUUUCAGGGGAGAUGACUACAAAAACCACCUAAAAUGCAUCAGUGAAGACCAGAAAUAUGGAGGCAAAGCUUUCGAAGCAAAAGCAAACAAAGGGGAUGUGAAACAGCAGCAGUGGCUACAGAGGAUACAAGAAAUUAUGAAGAAACCAAGUAUAAGUCCAAACAUUCGAAACAUUUUAAACCAAAUGAGCUCAUAUGAAAACAUUCCAAGGAAAAAAGCCAAAUUCCAGAACUGGAUGAAGAACAGCUUGAAAAUUCAUAACCAGUCAAUACACGACCAGGUGUGGGAGAUUUUUGCUGAGGCUACGAGUUCAGCACCGAGCAAUCAGGAGAAACAGAAGCAGCCUGAAAUUUCUGUUUCCGAAGACAAAUCUGAACAAGUAGUGGAGGAGAAUGGGAAAAAGAAAAGCAAAAGAGAACGCAAAGAAGAGAGACAAAAGAAGAACAAGAAAGAAAAGAAGGAUCUUGUAGAAGAGCAGAUGGAAACUGCAGAGAAGAAAAAAAACAAGAAGCGUAAAAUGGAGGAGGAUGAGGUGCCGUCUGAGACUGAAGUGUCUGUGGAAAAGAAGAAGAAAAAGAAGAAACAUCAUGAUGAGGAUGAGAUUGAUGGUGAAAGUCAGGAAGAAACCAGUAAAAUCACUGAGGAAGAAGAAGGUCAGUGUGGUUUAGAAGGUGAACAACAAGAAGAAAAUGGUGAAGAUGAAUCUGCAGAUGUGGAUGUUGAAAGCAAUGAAACUGCACGAGGUAAAUUUAACUGGAAAGGAACGAUCAAAGCUGUGCUUAGAAAAGCUCCUGACAAUGAACUGCCAAUUAAAAGCCUGAGAAAGAAGGUCCUUGCUCAGUACUAUGCCGUAUCUUCUGAACAACACAAAUCUGAAAAAGACCUCCUAAUAGCAUUCAACAAGAAGAUCCAGAAUAAUCCUAAAUUUAGAGUUUUAAAAGAGAGAGUUAAACUCCUAAAAUAGGCUAAACAUGAAUGUUUUAAGAUUGGAAUUUCCACAUAUGUUUUAGAGCUGUGAUGCCUGCAAGUUUUAGCUCUAUGUAUUCCCUGGGAAGUUAAAUGUGUCAGGACUGAAUAUUCCUCACUUUUUUAUUAUUUGUAAUAACACUUUUUGCUAUGCCUUUUACAUCCAUGACAUAAUGUCUUACAAGCUCAUAAACCCUAAAAUUUAAUUUUA